GUGAAGGCACGGGUCGUGGAAUCCGUAAAGUGGUGGGCAGGAAACAUGGAUAUGCCACCGAUGGAUUUGCAAGGGCGCUUAGACGAAAUUGGCAAGAAAUACCAACGCACGCAAAGCAUGGGCUUUGAUCUAAACGUAUUUAUACGUAUUAAUAUAGUUGUAACAUUGUUGGAACACCCGAACACGUCCAAGCGCACUAUGAGGCUCCUGAGAGCAAAUGGAAUGAUUAUCGUUGCAAUGUAACAGAAAGACGAUCAGAACGGACGUGCCGAAUGAUCACUGACUGUCUAAGGCCCUGAAAUGGUAUCAAAAUGGGUUCAAGUGAUGACCAUACGAGGAACUAACAUGAGUUCAAGACAAGGAACGGCAUUGAUCAUGAUCAAGGUGACGAGUGAGAGCAGUCCUUUGGCAUUGAAAUCAGGUUCAUUCGUUGGAUCUUGAGCCAGUAAUGACCAUUGACCAACACCCCUCCUCAGUCGCUAGGUGAGGAAAUGACGAAAGUCACAAACGGUCUAGUGUUGCCUGCUCUGACCCAGAACCAUCGCGAUUCGUUGUAUAGCCACUGACAUCACCUUUGACCAACGAUCUAACACCCUAAGAAGAUAGAAUAGGUAAGCACCGCCAAAGAAGCAGAACUUGAACCAGACUCAUCGUCUUCUUCUUCCGAGUCACUAUCAUCUUCAACAUGGUUACGGCUAAUUGCUGGAUUCUCUAUGUGAUGCAAUAAUAAUCUGCGUUGAGUAGAUGAGCAUGAGAGUUGCGUUAGUCCGUCAGCUUUCAUAAGGUGAGUAGGACAGAAAACGACUUUCUCAGCUGCGUCUCUAACUCGUAAAUAACGUAGCGCGUAGUGUCUACUCUUAGGCUUCGUAUCUUCACUCUUUGCUGUCGAGAUUGCAGACUGGUCGUCUAUCCACAAUAUGGCAUCAUCGAGGGAUGGCGAUAUACCAAACCGCGUUUCCACUAGUUGAGUGGGUAAGGGAUUGAAGAAAUCUGUAAAAUCAUGCAGCUCGCUCAUGACAAUAGUGUCCGACGCGGCUAUAUACUCUGACUCUGCAGUUGAAUAUGCGCGCACGGUUUGGGUAUUGCGUUUCCAACAGAUUGGAAAACCCCGAUAGUACAUAAUCGAACCACUGGUCGAGCGCAUGCUCUUUAUGCAGUUUGCGAAUCCUGCAUCUGAGAACCAGUUAGUAUACGGUAGCUCUCUUCCUUCUGGUUGUAGGAGCUUCUUGUAAAUUUCGUUGAAUUCUUCCUCACUUUCUGGAGAAUAAUAGAGUCCUUGGCCCUUUGUCGUAGCUAGAUACUUUAAUACUUUUCUACAAGCUUUUGCAAUUCUUUCAGUGAUGGGCUUACUGACAUACCGAGCCAAUGUCGCCACAGGGACGCAAGUAUCUGGCCUUGCGGUUGUCGAUAUCCAAAGCAGUGCGCCAACAAUCUCACGCAAUGGAAACCCGGCUGCUAGCUUAAGCCCCUCCUCAAGCAAAGCAGACUCGUCGAAAUUUGGAGACCACACCGGCUCACCUAGUGUUAUUUUAUACUUCUGUAAAGUCUUCUCUAUGUACACACUCAUCAGGAUUUUCACUGAACGCGCUUCCCGACAAUAGUGCACAAUCGCACCAAGAAAGUCGAACUCUAGCCAUUCGAAACUCGUGUGGGAAUCGACUCGCUUUGCCAUCUCGAUAGGUCGGCCGGGGGCGCGACUAAAGAUCCGGUCGAGCUCAGACCGUAACUCAUGAUAGUCAGGCCCAGUAGCUAAGUUAUCAUCAACAUAGACUGACAUCUUCAUAUACUUUCCUGGGUGCGUUUUGCUCUUUUUCCGCCACAAUCCUGGAGCAGAAGGACACGGCUCCCAUCCGAGUUCGGACAAUAGCACGCAAUACUUCUUGAACCAGGCUCGUGGAGCGUCCUUGGGCCCAUAUAGAGCUUUCUUAAGCUUGACGAUAUCCGCUCCUUGCUUCUCCGCCCACACUGGUGGAAGACGGCAGAAGACGUCGCGAUCGAGUUCAGCAUUAAGGAACGCAGAGUCAAGGUCGAAGGGGAUGACGAAGUCAGAUUCCGUCGCCGCUGAAACGAGUAAAAGUCUAUUCGCAGCGUGUGACACUACAGGGGCGUAGGUGUCGAUAUUCCCCGAACGAUCAAGAUUCCCGAGCACACAAGCACGAGCUUUGAAUGUUCCAUCACGUUUUACCGUGAGAACGAUUGCUAUAGGCAUUACCUGAGAAGAGGUUCGCAGCUCCUCGUCAGUAGCUGGCGCCCAAGUCUCAAAGGCAAGUAGUCUAGCUUCCUCCUUGGUGAUAGCUGCGCGCCAUUUUUCGGCGUCAGGGCUUUUCAAGGCUUGGGAAACUGACAGCAUGGCAUGUGCUUCGAGAAAGGUCUCCCCUUCUUCCAGCUCAUGCCCGCCUGCUAGCAUGGCAAAUUUAUGCAUGUCUUUUCUUAAUGCUUCUAGCUCGGCUCUUGUUCUUCUUUUGCGUUGUCCUGGAUUCUUAUCCUUGCUCCCUUUAGGUCUUCCUCGGCCUUUCUUCCCCUCCUCAACUUUGCCGGGCUGAGAUGGUGGAAUGGGUAAGGGCCUCGGAUCCCUUGCUUUAGGAUUAGAGUCAGGUGACACACGCUCCGAUGAGAUAUUCCCCUCCUCAACGCGUUGCGCGUCAGAGUUGGAAUCAUCGCCGGUCUUUGGAUCUUCCUCUUUGUCCAAAGAUUGACAGAAAACUCAUCAGCGUCAUUGUUAUCUAAUAUCAUUUCCAUGCCGGUUGGAUCGCCUGAGCUGUACUCCGUGCCAGAGAAGCGCGGCUGACAGGCCAUACGUUGCAGCGCAUGUCUGUGCAGGACGGGACCCAGCGACGGCGUGCCAGACUGCAGGUUUUCCAGCGGGUCAUAAUCAACAUAAAUGCCCUUCGACGUAGGCAGUAGCCAAUCAAUGUUCUUGACUAAUGUCGACUCUCGAAAUUUCACAUCUAGUGUGGAAUACUCGCUCCACUUGGAGCCAGCCUUCGUUCUCCCAUCGUUGUGAUGUGUACCUACCAGCCAACCAGACGAAACUGGACACAGACCGAGAAACACACCACGCCGAUAAGGUGACGCGAGCUUUGCUUCUUUCUUGUUGGUGGUGUCUACGACCUGUUCAUGAAAGUACACCAAACAGCCAAAUCUUCUUAACAUACCUAGACCACUUUUCGAGGACUUCUUGCCUAUCCUCUUUUCUAGUAUCUCGACAGGACUCAUUCCGUCAUGUUCUGGCAUUUUUGCAUAACGAUGCGGUAAGCGAUUCCAACAAUCUCCGGCAUACUGUAGGCAGUAACACCAAAGACGUCGGUCGACUUUGGCCAACGUGGUACGUACAGCGCCGAAAAUGGUCCGCGUGAAACGUUCGCAAGUUCCGUUCAUUUCUGGGUUGUAAGGAACUCCAGGAAUUUCCGAAACCAGUAGCGACUGCAUGACUUUGGUCAUAUGGUCACUACUUAGGACGGGUUCGUUAUCUCUACGGAUGAACCAUGCCACCUUGUCGUCGAGUGACAAUGAGUAGUCCUGGCGAAUGCCUUUUAUUACUUCUUCAGUCACCUCUACGCAGUCCGACUUGAGGCAAAGAGGACGAACGAAACACAUUUUAAUCGAAUCGCAAAUAAUGACUAAAGCGCAUCUUUUGCUUCUUAUAGAGACUGGUCUAAUACCAACUGCGAAAUCAAUUGCAAGUGUUUUCAAUGGAGAAGGUAUAUGCCCAGCGGGCCUCACUUUUGCAUGAGAGCGUCUUUGGCCUUUGGUUCGAUCACAUUCUGGACAAGAUACACUAAGGCCAUCAGCGUGAAAGUGGCCAAGUCUACGAUGUGUGUCUAAUCUUGAGGGUGGCAAACGCGUUACCAUCGUCAUCACUCUCAUCUUGACGCUUACGCUUCUUGGUUUUGGUAUUGUUCUGGUUUUCAUCAUCAGAAUCUUCGACAGCUGGAAAAGCUUUGCCGAAAGAUGGACUCUCGAUCUUGUACUCACCAGAGUCGACCAAGCUUUGAAGUCGUUUCGUGAGUCUUUCACCGAUUUGGACGAACGUUAGAUGUUCUUCUUCUUGCAUCCUCUCGAUUGUCUGUCGAAAUGCUUUGGAAAACAUUUUUGGCAGAAUGUCGAGGAUUGCUCCGUUUUGUUGAUCAGCAGCAGCCACACCAACUUCCAGUGGAUAGACGGUCGGAGAUUGGUUCAUGACAUCUCUAACCUUCGCCAGGAAUGUUGGAACGUCUGGAGGAGAAUCGCGGUUCGUGAAGUGCAUCCCUUCCAACGCUUUAGCAGAGAUUCGUUGCUCUGUGCGGUCAUUUUGACUGAAACCAGCGUCGCGGAGGUUUGUCACUACUUCUCCCGCGUUCAUUACAGUGGUAUCCUGAUCCUUCGUAUGUGCUUCGGCUGCACCUUUGAGCGACUUGAUGAUCACACUCUUCAAAUCUCGCCAAUUCUGCUGGAGCUUGCGGUCGUUGUUGUUGGGUUGGUUCGGAACCCCUGCCGCAUUGCCGUUCAGCACGUUGUUGAGGUAUUGGACUAGGUCCAGGCGGUCUGCUUCUUGCGUUACCGCUCGAAGCCAGUCACGCCAAUCAGAUUUCUGCCCCAGUUUGGGUGAAAUCUCUCAGGAGGACACGCCCGGGCACCUUUCGCGCCUAAGUUUCCGCUAAAAUUCCUCUAAUUUUGAAGGGGUCGCAAAUCGUUGCAGGCUAGUCGAUUGCCUGUGGUGGUCGGGGUGUGUCUUGUGUGGUGUGCUUAGCCGUGUGGCCGCAGGGGGUAGCGUGCUCGCUGUGGCCUUGCCGCCGUGUCGGGGGGUGGGUCCCCGCGCAAAAGGUCCGCGGCUGACGCGGCAGCUGUCAGACUGGUGCCGUGCUCGGGUCGGUUUUUGGGGUCUAAUUUUUUUACUAAAAAUCGCGCUAAUUUAGCACGCUAAAAAUCGCGCUAAUUUAGCACUCUAAUUCAGCACUCUAAUUCGGCGGGAUUUCUCGCCGGGGUGCCUUAUUUUUUUGCUCUAAAAAUCAUGCUAAUUCGUCACUCUAAUUGUUUUGGGGGGUUCUCGAAAGCCCUCUAAAAUUCCUCUAAUUAGGCACUCUAAUUCGGUAUUUUAAUUUUGCACCCCAAAACCCUGCGCGAUUUCGCGCUAUCGGGGGGUUUACAAAUUAGAGCGCUGAAUUAGAGCACACAAUUAGAGGAAUUUUUAGAAGGUUUUCGAAAAGCCCCAAAACCAAAUUAGAGCGACGAAUUAGCAACUUGUCGAGCGAGCUCCCCCCGGUGCAUUCCGUCGGCUUUUCCUAAAUUAGCAGAAUUUUUAGCGCUCGAAUUAGAGCACUUGCGACCAAAGGUCGCAGCUUCGUGGAAGAUCUGUCGGCCAUGUGUCGCGUGCUGUGAUUCUGCUCUUCUGUGUCGUCGGGUUUUGCAGAGUCUGCGCACAGAGGUACGCUGCUGGUGGCUGCAGCUGAGGGCGGUGGGUUUGCUUAUCGGUCGCGGCUUUGGUGGUGUGGUCGGUGGGUCUUUCCUGGAGGUGUCUCAGGGGUGUUGCUAGCAGCGUCGGGGGGUCUUCUGAGAUCGCUCUGAUUGGUCAAAUUAGUAAAAUUUUAGUAGCAUUUUAAAGGAAUAGGGUGGCCGGUGUUGUCCCCCUGAAAUCUCUCCAAGACUCAUAUCGGGCAUUUUGUGGCGCAAAUAGUGCGACUUUGUUUUCUCUACUUCUACAAUGAAUUGACUAGCAAUUUCUUUGAUAAGGUAAGGCUCAAGGGCUUGAAACAGUGUUGGAACACCCGAACACGUCCAAGCGCACUAUGAGGCUCUUGAGAGCAAAUGGAAUGACUAUCGUAGCAAUGUAACAGAAAGACGAUCAGAACGGACGUGCCGAAUGAUCACUGACUGUUUAAGGCCCUGAAAUGGUAUCAAAAUGGGUUCAAUGUCGUUGGGAUAUCAUGAAGGGCCAUAGUGCACUUAAAGAUCUGGGAGAUCUUGCUGCUGAUUCAUGUUGGAAUUCAUUGAGUUCAAAUGAUGAUCAUACGAGGAACUAACAUGAGUCCAAGACAAGGAACGGUAUUGAUCAUGAUCAAGGUGACGAGUGAGAGCAGUCAUUUGGCAUUGAAAUCAGGUUCAUUCGUUGGAUCUUGAGCCAGUAAUGACCAUUGACCAACAAACAUAGAACUAGAAGGACCUCCUAGCUGUGUUAUCGUAAAGCCCCUUGUAUUCUGUACCUGUACAACUAAGUCAAUGUGAAGAAUGUGGUGAAAAAAUAGAGUUCAUCUAGGUGUACCUCAACACAGAUACCCAAAUGCAGCUACCUCUUCAACGUACUACUAAACUCACUGAUGUACUCAUGAACGUGAACGUAAAAAAGACUUCAUCACUACCUCUUCAAAGAACUUCCCUAUGUAUAAGGAAUACUGUCCCGACAUACAGGUUGUCACAACAGUUUUCCUUUUUAUCGGGUUUGUGUGUUUCUGCCAAGUCAUGUGCUGUCACUGCGGUCAAAGCACGAAGCCAGGCAAAACUUGGGUCUCUUUCGCCUUCAUAUUUACCCUUAUUGUUUGCUGUGUGGCUGUCUUCAUUGCCAGACUUUGCUAUUAUGAUGAUUGGAAGUAGUUCGAAAAGUGACCUUAUGUUGUGAAAAUGCAUUGAUGCAGUUGUAGUAGAAUACGUACGUAGGUAGGAAUAGGAGUUACUCACUUGUUUCAGUCUCGCAUUCUCCCGCUAACCUUCUCCAGAAGAAGUCAAUCGUGGCGCGGUCGUUCCCUUCUACAGACUGCUUAACAGACAGACGCAGCUUGGCGAACUUUUGAGAGGGGCCAGCGACUUGGUGGAUGAACACAAGGGUGGCAGUGUAGACGUCAUGGCAGCGCAGAUGCGUAGAGGGCUCUUCCGCCUUGCUGUUGUGGUACAACAUUUUUUUAUCUCACAAAAAAUGCUUUCUUAUUUUGAUGCUUCCAUUUUUUAGUCUAAGUCUAAAGGAUCUAGACUUGAUGGUCUCAACGGACAGUACAUGCAUUAUAUGAAGUGAAAAAUGCUGCACAUUCUCAUUCUCUUUGACUCACCCCGCCACCUCUUGCUUCGUAAAACCUCAACCAUAAACAGGCGCAACAGGGUUUAGACGAGUCUGAAGAGGCAAAAACGAACGGGGACGAUUCCCAGACAGAGGAGAAUGAUGCGAAGACGAAGAAGUUGGGCGGUGUCCGAAGAGCAGCAAAAGCUGGAGCUCCUGCUAACUAUCUCCUCAAAGUUCUCGCCAUAGCUAGUGGUGAUCCUUCCAUCAAAAGGGGACUUGUUUUAUGGUCUUCUUACUUGUGAUGUACUGUGUAAAUGUAAAAACCCUGACUUGGAUCCUGAAGUGGACUAAUUUGGAUAGGAAUUCGGCUUUUUUUUCAUCAUCCUCCCUCGUCGUCAUCCUCUAAGGUGCAAAUUUGUUGCAACCUUUGGGGACCAAAUCCGUGAGGCAGCGAAGAAGGAGCUAGGGAACAC